GGUCUGACGCUUUGUCUGCAUACCUGUCCACAUCAUCAAGCCGGCUUACUGUAAGUGAGAAGCAAAUUCAACUGAAUCAUAGUACAGGAAAGACCAACGAUUUACAUGCUCGAACUGGAACUGGGAAUUUUUUUUUUAAAAUACAUCUAUUUGAAUUAUAAAACAACAAGUUAAGGAGAAGCUCUAGUAUUAGUUAAAUAUGAAAUGUCUGCGUUAAAAGUAGAUUCAAUUUUUAAUUAGGGAGAAAACGUGUAUCUUCUUAUAUAACUACAUUACUAAAAAUAUACCGGCACACGAAACCAGAGGUGCUUUUUGAUUGCAAUUGCAAGUGUACAUAAAGGUGCAUAUAUUUUAAAUCUAGGAUCUGUGGGUUUUACUAAGUAGGAUUUUAUUUAUUUAUUUAUUAUUUAUACAACAUUUAGUUUUCGUUACAGACUUUAAAAAUGGCCUUGUCUCAGCUUCAGUGUUUGGAUAAUAACCAUGUAAACUUGCGGUCCAACGAAUCCAAACCCGAAUUUUACUACAGCGAGGAACAAAGGCUAGCUCUCGAAGCUUUGUUGACGAGUGGACCGGACGCUUUCCACGAAGUUAUUAAGAAGCACAAUAUUAGGGACUUUUUAUCAGAACCAGAGCUUGAGCGGAUUUGCAAGGCGGUGGAGACUUACCAGCCAGGCUCUGAAAAAGUCAAAACAGACAAUGAAAGCGGCGAUGAGGAGACCCGAGCCUUGUCUCUGCAGUACUGGCCGGACAAAACUGAUAUUUCGAUCCCAAAACUGGAUAUUGGAUGGCCGGACUGCGAGUCUUACCGUGGGGUGACCAGAGCAAAUGUCUAUAUGCAGCCACCAAUGGAGGGACAGACGCACAUCAAAGAAGUUGUCAGGAAAAUAAUCGCCCAGGCACAGAAGGUUAUAGCUUUAGUCAUGGACCUGUUCACAGAUGUGGAUAUUUUUAAAGACAUGCUGGAUGCAGGUUUUAAGAGAAAAGUUGCGGUCUACAUCAUACUGGAAGAGAGCAACAUUCACCUUUUCCUGCAGAUGUGUGAAAGGGCAGGGAUCCACUCUGGUCACCUGAAGAACUUGAGAGUGCGCAGUAUUGGCGGGACAGAGUUUUACACUCGUUCAUCGCUGAAGGUUCGAGGCUUAAUGAGCCAGAAGUUCCUGUUUGUCGAUGGAGACCGGGCUGUGUCUGGCUCGUAUAGCUUUACGUGGACCGCAUCCAGAAUGGAUAGAAACCUCAUCACUGUCCUUACAGGACAGGCUGUGAACACUUUCGAUAAGCAGUUCCGAGAUCUCUACUUGAACUCCAAAGAAGUGAACUUCAAUACUAUUCAUCUGGUGGGAGAACCAGAGCCUGAACCUGUCCCACAGGCAGCCCCGCCACCCGUCCAAUCUGCCGAAGUAGCACGAAAGAUGAUAAGCCCCAAAUAUGCCUUUCUCAUGGCCAGUAAGCAGGAGACCGCCUCCGAAACAUCUUCCAAAAAGAACGACGACAAAGCCAAAGCAGUUCCAGAACCUGUCAAGGUCAAAGAGGAACCUCCGUCGAUCCACCCGGGACUUCUCUAUCUUGAACGAGCCUGCAUGAUUGAUUAUGUGCCAACAUGGCCAGAGCCUGAACCUGCAAGCGACGUUAUUGGCUUUAUUAACAUCAGAGACUCUAAGAAACCCAAUCAGGCACACCUGAUGAGAUCAGAGCUCUUUGAAACGUCGCAAGCAAUACGAUUCAAAGAACCUUUCACUCCAGCGCUACACCCAGGCACACAGCAUCAACCCACUCCUCAGAAAAUGCAUGCACCGAAAACUGAAUCCAAACCUUUGACAAAUGAACAACCAAAAAAACUAAACUACCAGGACAAGCCAACCCCACCGGUUCCAAAACCCAGAACUGUUCAAUUAGUAUUAAGCAGUAGUUCCCCUGAUUCUCCAGAGAUUGUCAGUAUUGUCCCCAAACCUAACAAAGUGUUAGAAACUCCAACAGCUUCAAAUGAAAAUCUGGAUAUUGCAGGGAUUUCUAACAAACCUCACAAUGCAGCCAGUCCAAAAACAGAACAGAAAGAAUCAAAAACUGAACGUGAUCUGGCAGUCUGUACAGUGGACAGUAUUGAAACUUGUGCAGAAGAGAAGGAGUGUGAGGUGGAAGAGAGCAGUGGUGGUGAAAUUAAGUCCAGUGAAUUUGUCAAUGAUGAAUCAAAUAUUUCUUCCGCCUCUGACGAAUGUUUUGAAUACAUUGACUCUGACAAGCAUAAGCAUACCCACAAUGGUGUGAGUCACCAUGAGCCAGAGGCUGCACACCAGAUAGCCAGGUUCUCCCAGUCUUUGGAGGAGUUACGGCUUGAUUCCCAAAAGAGGUUGGACAAUCACCAGGAACGAGCCAGCAAAGCAUUAGAAGAUAUUGGAAGAGUCUUGGAGAAAAGUCAGAAACAGGUUUUCAAACUCCCUCUAAUUGAUCGUCCGUAUUAUGGAGGCGGUAGGAGGCAGAAGCAGAUGUAUCAGAUGUCAGAUGGUGAAAACCGGCUGGCAAGAGGCCCGGUAAAGGUGGUGAUCGCAAAACCUGGCAGCCACCACCGGCCCACCAAGAGAGCAGCUCCAGUCAUCGGAGGGCACAAGUACUGGCAGGGCAAAGCGUACAAUUCAAGCAAGAUGGGGCCCGGCUUCUCUGUUUCCCAUGUCAAAUCAACCAGUGGGCGCAGCUCUCCCAACGGACUAACCCAGCACAAGGUGCCAGUAGAUAGCUCCAGGAUACCCUUCGGAAUCGCCUUUUCCAAACUGUCCCAGUUCAAACAUCUGAGGAACAAAAUCCCACAAAAGAGGAUGCCCCUGGACCCCUGACGCAAACCAUUUAUUAACUAGAACGGUUUUAAAAGCAUCGUCUGAUGUGUUUUUCUAAUACAUAUUUAAGGUAUUUAAACAGGGUAGAUACACUAAUAAGCAACAUCUCUUUUUUUAGGGAUGUUCUUGUGUUCCCUUUUUUUUUUUUUUUUUUAGUGGCUAGGGGAAAUCGAAUGGUUGUUUAAUUGUGGUAAGGCUCAGAAUUGAAGGUGUUGUGAAUGCUGGAGAAUAUAGGGCUAAUUGUCAAUGAACUGUACACUUGCCUGGUCAGUGCACC